GUACAACCCCCCAACAAGUCAUCGGACCUGUCAAUCAAGCGGUCGGCGCCUUUGAAGCCGGGACUCCUCGCCUUGUCUUGGGCUCAAAUGAGCUGUUUGCUGUUGUAGCGAAACAUUGGUCUUCCACCAAGCAGCCAGCCGGGGAACGACGCCACAUCUCAACUUUUUCUCUGCAUGUGGUGGGGCGAACAUUUCCCUACUUUCUCCUGGAGGCGCUCCACACUUGAGGAUACUAUUUAAGUGAGAAAGUCACUUCUUUAUUCAUACUUUUUAAAUUUUUUAAACAUACUUUACAAGAGGAGGUGGGGGCAAAAAGUCCAAGGUGAGGGAAGUAGUCAUGCCUCAGCUCAGUAGCGGCGGAGGAGACGACCUGGGAGCGAAUGAUGAGAUGAUAGCGUUCAAAGACGAAGGAGAGCAGGAGGAGAAAAUCCAGGAGAACGCCUUCACGGAGCGAGACCUGGCCGACCUCAAGUCCUCUCUGGUGAACGAGUCGGAAAUAAAUCAAAGUCCGACCUCGGCGGCGGUCAGACGGGGACAGCAGGGCGAGCAGAGGGUCUUCCAGGACAAACACCGAGAGCAUCUCGACGGAGUGUCGAAGCAACAAGAUGGAGGCAUGUAUAAGUCGCCGGCGUAUCCCGGGUAUCCGUUCCUGAUGCUGCCGGACCCUUACCUCCCCAACAGCUCGGUUUCUCCAUCUGUAAGUCGGCUCGUCCUGUUCUUAACCCUCCUGCUGCCUGCUGGGCUCUGA